UUCGUGUAGAAUUAGUUGAGAAGCGGCUUCCUAGCGACGCGCACGUUGGCGGACGAAACGAGAAGAAGAAUAGGGGGAAUAAGAAGCGAGCGGCAUCGAAUCAAAAGAAAAGCGCGUCGCGUUUGCCACGAAAGAAGAAAUUGGUGCUAAGAGAGGCAGCACAAGAAAAAUACAACAGCAACAACAACAAAAAUAAAGCAAAAGUUCCUAUAGAAUAUCCACAAGAAUUAUGCUCACGAAGCAACCUGACUAUACCAUCUCAGAGCUGGGCUGUCCGCAGCUCCAAGAGCAGCUCUGCUCCGAUAGCUGCUUUACGAAACCUCGCCUACAAGAGCCCUGCUUUCGUCACAGUCCCAGUCUGACCCCUGGUCGGAGUCCGAGUCGUCUAUUGCCGUUACGCGAAACGCUGGACGAUUACAACAAGCGACUGCUAAGUGAGCAGGCGGCGAGCUGUGAAACAAGUCGACAACAACAACACUGGGAGCCGAAUGAUAAAUUGGCACAGCAGAAAAGGCAGAAGAAUCUGAGAAACGAGCAGCAGCAGAAGCAACAACAGCAACUACAGUGGAACAGAACGAGCAAUCAGAAAGGUCGAGAUAUAGCACAAGUAAAACGAACAACGUUGCUAACUUGCGAUUUGAAUAGCUUCUGAUAACACUGAGGGGAGGAGUCGCAUUGGAGGUGGAGCUUGAGAGCUGAACUACAAUAAUUUAAGGACUGAUUAAACGUGCUAAAUUUAUUAUUAAA